CUCGUCGGCGACGGACGCGCGCUCUCCGCUGGCCAAGAAAUCCAAAUCGAAGAAAAGCUCGCUCAGCUAACGGUUCUUCAGGAGCGCUUCUAACACCAGCACACGUACGAGUACGAGUGCGAGAGCACUAGCCAACGGCAGUCGUCAGGCCGUCUCGUAUAAAAUCUGUUGCAUCACUGCUGCGGCACUUCAGUCGUUCGAACGCGUGCGGCCGGAGAAGUGCAGUGUCGAGUUAACAAAGUAAACAAACUGAAUAAACAUUUUGCGCUAAGAAUCGGAAACAAUAAGCAAUAGUGCGAUGCUCGGCUGCAGUGACCACCUAGGCAGCCUGAGAUGAAGCAUACGGAAUAGCGAGCUAUCCGAGUCGAACAUUUCCAAAGACCCACUUCUUACCUCAGUGCAAUGCUUUAGGCGCCAAACGAGCAAAGUUUAUUCCCAAAUCUGAACUCUAAAAACAGCCAAAAUUAACGCUCUACAAGGCAUCAAGAUUCUACCCUCCUUCGCGCAACUGAAAAUGCUGAACAUGGAGUCGCCGCAGAUGUACGCCGAUGCCGUUCAGACAUUGGCCCAGCUGGACCUCAAGAAGGAGCCUCCCCUGCAGCAGGCCACCAUUGGCCAGAUCACCCUGACGGCCAUGUCCACGGCGCAGCAGCAGCAGCAACAGCAGCAGCAGCAGCAGCAACAACAACAACAGCAGCAACAACAGCAGCAGCAGCAACCCCAGCAGACUACCGAUGCGAACAACAACACGUCGCAGGACGCGGCACUCCUGGUCAAGCAGCACGCCAUGCACCAGAUGCAACAGGUAGCCGCCCUGGGCAACAACAACAACCUGCUGCAGAAGCAGAUGCUGCAGCAGUACUCCACCCAGACGGACCUGGACGAGCUGACCACCCAGGAGAUCACGCUCGACCUGCAGCACCUGAUAGACGACCAGUUCAGGGACACGGAAACGCUGGGCAUCUUCAGCGACAUGGUGACCAGUCCGGGCGGACUGUCGGCCACCCUGCCCCCGAGCGGAAUGGUCUCGGCGGCGGCGAAGGUCCUGCAGCAGCAGACCCUGCGGAACCAACACGGCUACGGGGGCAGGGGAGGCGGCGGCGCAGGAGGCGCCCUGGCCUACAUGCCGCAGCCCGUGCACGCCACCUACAACAAUUCCAGCGACGAGAACAGCUCCGUGGGCUCCGACUCCAGCACGAUCAAGGAGGAGCCCAUCGACCCCGAGUACAGGCGGCACCUGCAGGAGGCGGCCAGCCAGCAGGCCGCCUUCAUGGGCAAUGGAGCAGGCCUGUACAACGGCUACGGGUCGGGGGCGAAUGGCUUGUCCGGGGGCGGAAACCCACUCAACGGAGGCAACACCACGCCCAGCAGCAACGGGAGCAACGGCAGCACGGGCAGCAGCAACAGCAGCCAGUUCACCAACCUGACGACGGCCAACGUCCUGGCCCACCACAACCUGCCCCACCUGGCGGCCGCCGCAGGAGCACACAAUCUGCUCAAGCAGCACAGCAAGCUGCACGCGCAGCAGCAGCACCAGCAGCACCAGCAGCAGCAGCAGCACCGCAAGCACAGCAACAAGCACGUGGACAAGGGCACGGACGAGUACCGCAGGCGGCGGGAGCGGAACAACAUAGCGGUGCGCAAGAGCCGGGAGAAGGCCAAGGUGCGCUCCCGCGAGGUGGAGGAGCGCGUGAAGAGCCUGCUCAAGGAGAAGGACGCCCUCAUCCGGCAGCUCGGAGAGAUGACCAACGAGCUGCAGCUGCACAAGCAGAUCUACAUGCAGCUCAUGAACCACGCCAAUCCCGAAGUGAGCCGCGCCUGCCGCAGCUUCCUCAACACCAACGAGCACUCGCUGUAGCCGCUGCAAGCUAAGGCCAGUGUCCUGCGAGUCCUGUGUGUGCGUGUGUGAGUGAGUGCUUGAGUGCUCGUGUGUGUGUGUGUGUGCUCCAGCCGUGAGUGUGUGCGUGUGAGCGAGACUCUGCUAAAUCAAAGAUACAAAUGCUGUGUGGGUAGCUCGUAAGGUCCAUUCUCCUCCUGCUCCUCAUUGUCCUCUGGCCGUAGACGAUGAAGUGGUCGCCCCAGUUGGUGGGCCGCUGCAUCGCUUGGAGGCCGAACUCUUCUGCCGAUCGCUGUGGCAUUCCUUGUACAUUUACUCUGUCCCCAUUUCUUGUUAUCACUGUAAAGCAUAUUUUUGUACUUAAUUCUAAUUCUUAACGACUGUAACAUAUAUAUUUCGCACGUUUUUAUACAUAAUCUUAUACGUUAUAUCUAUCAUAAAGUUAAGCCAAAGAAAAAUGUUAAAAAUAUUAAUGUAAAAAAGAAUAACACGCAGGAACGAAGAACGAAAAUACAAACUUCAAAGCCCAUUAACUAUUUAUACAUCUAAUUCAAAUGUGUACAGUACAGUUGUCGACGGUGUGCGGCUUCGCCCUAUGCUUGAUGCCACGCCCACUCCCACGCCCUGCCCUGCUUGACACAACAUUAGCAAAUCUCUAGUUCGUAAGUCGGAGCAUCAAGCAUCGCUUUACCUGCACAAUCCCCAGAGGAAAGCCUCCCGAAAUCAACCAACUUGUAGCGAAUUCCAAUGGUUCGCUUCCGAGAGCGUAGAAGAUAUGAAUGCUACUAAUUGUAAGGCCAACGCAAUGUUCUCAUUUUAAUUUAUAUAUUCGUAAAUUAAAUAUACACAAACAAAGAAAACUGUAAAGCAAAUCUAAAUAAA